UUCGUAGUUUGUUCUUUCUUUCUUUCUUUCUCUCUUGAACAUCGAGUAUUGGUUUAGGGUUUCAGGUUUCUACUUUCUAUCGAGAUAUAGUCAUGGCGGGUGCUGGAAUCCACCCUUAUCACCAGCAGUGGCCGCCGGCACCAGCUCCUCCGCCCCCUCCAGCCACAGCAACAGCGGUUCCUCCACCGCCUCCUCCUGUCCACCAUCCUCCACCCGUUUCUUCUCAUGAUGAGGUUCGGACCAUCUUCAUUACUGGUCUUCCUGAAGACGUCAAAGAGAGAGAGCUACAGAAUUUACUGAGAUGGCUUCCAGGGUAUGAAGCUUCGCAGGUGAACUACAAGGGAGAAAAACCUAUGGGUUUUGCUCUCUUCUCAAGUGCACAACUCGCAAUUGCUGCCAAAGAUGCCCUUCAGGAAAUGGUUUUUGAUGCUGAGUCAAAAUCGGUAUUGCACAUAGAGAUGGCGAAGAAGAAUCUAUUUGUUAAAAGAGGAAUUGUAGCAGAUUCUAAUUCGUAUGAUCAAAGCAAACGUUUGCGAACUGGUGGCGAUUAUUCACACAGUGCUUAUACUACUCCACCUCCGUUUCACCCUCCUCCUGCCCCUGUUUGGGGCCCACAUGGGUAUUUAUCUCCAACUCCUCCAUAUGAUCCUUAUGGAGGUUAUCCUGUUCCUCCAGUGCCAAUGCCUACCCCUACUCCUGUACCAGCUCCUAGCAGUUAUGUGCCUGUUCAGAACACCAAAGAUAACCCUCCUUGCAAUACCUUAUUUAUUGGCAAUCUUGGAGAGAAUAUUAAUGAGGAAGAACUACGGGGCUUAUUUAGCGCUCAACCUGGUUUUAAGCAAAUGAAGAUCUUGAGACAAGAAAGGCAUACUGUUUGCUUUAUAGAGUUUGAAGAUGUGAAUUCUGCAAGCAAUGUGCACCACAGUUUGCAGGGUGCUGUGAUCCCUAGUUCUGGUUCUAUUGGCAUGCGAAUACAAUAUUCCAAGAAUCCUUUCGGUAAAAGGAAAGACUCCAAUCAUCCCAUUGCUUCUCCUGGUGCCAAUGGGGCUCCACCAGCUAUGACUUACCAGUAGAUGAGGGGAUGUUCUCUUUAUAUGCUCCAACAAAUACAACUGCUACAUGCUAGGAUGCAUCAUGCAGCUAUUGCAUGCACCCAUUUCAUUGUCACCAUCGGCAUUAUCAUCCCUUCUCAUGUCUUUGCACAUAGCGGUAUCAUGAACACACCAUUUGCUCAUGUUUAUUUGAAUUUACCCAAGACAUGCAUGUGUCUGCAGCAUUUGUUAUGCCCGGUUAACUUUAUAGGCUUUUCAGAUAACUUUAAUAUUCUGUAGAAGUAGUGCAUUAUCUACAGGUUUGGUUAAUUUGUGUGCUA